AUGGUAUCAGCACGUAAUCCGCACUGGCGACCUGGAUUUUGGGAUGCUGGCACUGCAAGAGUGAUCAUGACACAUGUAACCAAUAUAUCAAGCGCAUAUAUACUCCGCUCCUAUCUAGUCAAACUGUCGUACGUUAGGGCCAUCAGAGUGAAUGUGGGAAGCAUUCUUCUUGUAACUAUUGCCACACAUGUGAGCUGUAAGGCCGUUGCCGUACUGUUCUUCCUACUCUCAUUUCUGACAAACACAGCAUGGCUUCUGCCUACUUGGACGCACCUGAAUGCUCUGCUUGGACCACUAGUGAGCUUCUUAGGCGGAGGUUCUCACGCUUCAAAGUUCCUCACUCUUGCUGUGAUCCAUAGUCGGAACACUUCCUGCGCUCGAACAAUGUACUAUUAUAUAACAGGUUUCAUUACUGUUCUGGCCCAGGUUCUCGGCCCCAUUCUGGCCAAUAGAGAAUCUCCCUGGUUUGCACUUCCGAUUCUUACUGCAGCUGUUAUCGCUAUGUUCCUCGACGGCACAGAUAAUGGUUCACUUGAGCUGGGCCAAGACGAGUCUGGUUCUGUCACUCAUCCCUUGUUUUCCAGGAGUCGGUAUUCUGAUGAUGGAGCCGCAUCUCUUGUGGAGCUCCUGACGAUGUGCCUGGGCCUUAAGGCGCCCGGGAGACAUAAACUUCUAGUGUUUACCUCUCGGAUCUCUUUCUUUAUCGCUAUUCCUCAAGCAUCUCGGCCCCUUUUUGCAACGUACGCACAGCAAAGAUGCAGUUUGGGCCCUACAGAGGCCGACAAUCUGUGGCUUCUUAGAAGCGAGAUAAGCAUGGUCAUCUUCGGUGUCCUCUUACCCUGUCUCAUUUUCAUCAAAGGGUAUACAGGGCAAUUCUCUAACAGUAUCAAUUUAACUAUUGGUAAAUGCAGUGUGAUCUUGAUGGCAUUGGGUGCAAUCGUGAUCGGCCUAUCACACUCAUCCCUUGCCAUUACUAUUGGUUCGUGUUUUCUAGACUUAUUGAAUAAUGUUCUUAACAAUAAUGAAGGCCUUAUUAUUAAUACGUUUGGUGUAUCAUCAAACCUCAGUCUGCUUUGCUUCGCAGCCAACCGUCUCUCGAGCUCUGCGGUAGGACUUGUCCUGAUGUCUGUCGCACUAUUCGAAAGUGUGGGGUUAUUAAUCGGUAUUACGAUUACCUACCCAAUUUACCAAUGGAGCAUAGACGACAAAACGCCAUUCUACGCUGGGAGUCUCCUUUACGUCUUGUGCGGCGUGAGUGUCAGCCUUUCCCACACUUCCAUAUCCUCGUAUGCUUACUGCAAGACCAAGUCGAUAUACGCCUGCAUCGCUGUAGUAGUUUGGCGUAUCUUUAGGGAAUCACAUUAA